AGCAUGAUUGGCAGCUGAUCCUAAGCAUGGAUUGGCUGUACUUCACCACCCUCCUGGCGGCGUGGACGGCGGGGGGAAGCAGCUUGACCAGAGCCCAGGAGGUGUCUAGAACCGCGUGCCCUAGCUGGGAGGACAAUCCGUGGUGCCCGUGUUACCAUUUCGACGAUGGGGUUUUCCUCGAGUGUCCUAUGGUGUCUCUCAAUAAAGUGUCCAGAGUCCUCGGUCUUGUUCAACGAGCUGUUAAAUCCCUCAGCAUAUAUGACUUAGACGCGAAUGUAACAAAACUUCCACCAGGACUUUUUACAUCCAGUGCCGGCGUUUCCAGCCUGCAAAUAUCCCACUCCGGUCUGCAGACCAUCUCAGACGGCAGCUUUCAGGGGCUGGAAAACACUCUGGAAAGCCUAACAAUCAUGCACAGUCAACUCACAGCUGUGCCCCAGGCAGCUCUGCAGACGCUCACAAGAUUGAGGGCACUGGACCUUGAGGCCAACAACAUAACAGAACUUCAAAGUUUUAGUUUUUUCAAGUUGAAGUUGGUAAGUCUCAACCUCAAAGGAAAUGGCAUUAAGCUGAUAUCAGAGUAUGCAUUCGAUGGACUCCAUGAAACUCUGGAGGAGUUAAAUCUUAUGAACAACAAACUCAAACAACUCCCGAUUCCAGCACUAAGACGCCUGAGUAAGCUCAGAACUUUAAAAGCAACCUGGAAUCGCAUAUCCGAUGUAAUCAACGAUGGAUACUCUCGGCUCCCCGCACUUGAAGUGCUUGAUCUCAGCAGCAACCACUUCACACAGUUGACAAGUUCCACCUUAGGCACGAUGCCCGUUCUUCUCUCGCUUUCCAUGUAUAUGAACGAGAUUUCGCUUUUGUCAGGCGAUGCCUUCGUUCAGAACACGAGGCUACAGACGCUUUAUCUGAGCCACAAUGAUAUCACUAAUGUGGAGCCGGAGACCUUCACAUACACCAUCUACAUCAGAGUCAUUGAUCUCGGCGACAACCAUCUCCACUCCAUCAGCAAUGGAAUGUUCAGGAACCUCCCAGAAAUUCAGGAAAUAUUCCUCAACAACAAUAAUAUUUUGAAAAUUAAAAAUGACACUUUUACAAAUUCCACAAAGAUCACGGUGUUAUAUCUUCAAAACAACGAAAUUCACUCUAUUGAAAGUGGAGCCUUUGCUAAUCUGGAACUCUUAUUUGACCUCCAGCUCAGUUCAAACAAUUUGGUGCAGAUUCCUGUGGGAUUGUUCAGCACGACAAGAAGCUUAAGCUCAUUAAGUCUGGACAACAACAGGCUCACGAGCUUGAACAAAGGCACAUUUGCACAUCUUGCUGAGCUUCGGGAGCUUCGGCUGCAGAACAACAGACUUACCAGAAUAGAACGUGGAGUCUUUUUACCGCUGCCAAACCUUCUUGAAUUACACCUCCAGAACAACAGAAUAAAGUUUAUUGAAAAAGAAGCAUUUUCAAUGUUACAAAAUCUUCAACACUUGAACUUAGAGGGAAAUAAAUUGACUGAACUUCCUGAUUCUCUUAGUCGGUACCCUGCAAAUUUGAUAACCUUGAAAUUAUCGAGAAAUGAGAUCAAUACAAUACACUCUGAUGCAUUUAGGGGCCAAAAUAAACUUGAGAUUUUUUGGCUAAAUGAUAAUAAUGUUACCAACAUUACAAAGGGCAUGUUAAGUGACCUGUCAUCAUUAAGGGAACUUUACCUCGAAAACAAUCAAAUUAGGCGCAUAGAAGACAAAUCAUUUGAGACCAUGAAGAAACUGAAGCAGCUUUCGUUGUCUAACAAUGAACUGCAACACGUCAGCUCCUUGCUCUUUGAAGGACUGACAAUGCUCGAGAGACUUAACAUGGACGAUAAUGAGAUCAUGGACAUCGAACCACAGACAUUCCAGAAGUUGCCAAACUUGACCACUCUAGACCUCUCCAACAACCAGAUCUUCGUGAUAAGGCGUUACAUGUUUGAGGGUUCGAUACCUCUCAGGACACUCAAUCUGAAAGGGUCAAUGAUUAACGAGAUUGAUCCUGAUGCGUUUGCGGAUCUCAGGUUCUUGGAGGAGCUGAACCUGAAGAAAAACAUGCUUGUCAGUCUGCACAAACUCUAUUUCAGAACACCGAGUAUUAGGAACCUAAACUUGGCCGACAAUCAUUUCGAUACGGUGGCUGAGGACUCCUUGUACGAUCUGCCUAAUCUAGACACUUUGGAUCUAAGUGGAUGCAGGUUGGAGAACCUUCCAGCUCAUUUGCUGGCUGAAGCAUCUGAGCUGAGGACUCUCAAUCUGGCGAGAAACAGUUUUAGGUUUUUAACAGCAGCACUUUUCCAGAAAAUGCGUAGAUUAAGGGAAGUAGACCUUUCAUACAACAACUUAACAAAUCAGGUUAUGACUUCGCUUGAAGGGUUAAGGAAACUGGAGCUUUUAACCCUGAAUGGAAAUCCACUUUCUUCUCUGAGUGGAUCUCUGAAUGACUUAACUGGCCUAAGGGAACUUUACCUGUCUAAAACAAAUUUGAGAUCAAUGGAUAAUACUGUUUUCUCCAAACUGAAGAAUCUAAAGGAAUUAGAUCUAUCAGAAAAUCAACUCUCAGAUUUACCCCCUGGUGUGUUCGCUAAUCUGAGCAUCACGAGGCUUAACCUAGCAGACAAUAUUUUCAGCCAGAUUCCCAACGCCAUGUUCCUAGAUGGCAUGGCUUCCCUCAGGACUCUCAACAUGUCUGGCAACCCGAUGAAGCGAGUUACGGGAAUCCUGGUGGCGGGGGGACCUCCGCUCGCAGCCCUGGAGGAACUAGAGGCCUCGAGGACUAACCUUACAGUGUUGACGAGCCAUGACCUCCUUCUGACCCCUUCCCUGCGCUCCCUCAACCUCGGACAAGCCUCAAUUGCAAAGAUCUCCCCAGGAUGCUUCAGGAACCUCACGCAACUUACUCAUCUCAACUUGGGCUUCAACCACCUGGAAAUCCUGCCCCGCGAGAGGCUCAGGGGACUCAAGAGUCUCUCUCACCUCAACCUUACAGGAAAUAGUCUCAAGAAGUUGGAUCAGCUUCCUUCAGACUCGCAUAUGUUGAAGGUGCUGGACGCGUCGGGGAACAUGCUGACGGAACUCGAGGAGUCCACCUUCAGGCACGGCAGCAGCAUGGAGCGCUUGCUUCUUCAGAACAACUGGAUCACCACCAUCCACCCUCGGGCUCUCGCUCCGCUCAAGAGCCUCCAGCACCUCGACCUCACCAACAACUACAUCGAGGAACUGAACACCGUCGCCCUCAAGCCCGUCGAGAAGAGCCUGGUGACCCUCAAGCUCGGAGGAAACCCCUGGAACUGCGGCUGCGAAGUGAGUGAGCUGUGGUCGUGGCUGCAGGACCAUCUGUCGUACAUCCCGGAGCCCGAGGUCGUGAAGUGCGAACUGCCGAAGGCACUGCAGGGCCACUCCUUCCUCCUUCUGUCCUCGUCAGCGUUCUGUCCUCAGCCCCUGAUCCUGCGACUGGCGAUCCAGGACAUCCAGAGCCAGUCGCUGCUGGUGUCGUGGCAGGCGGCCAACUCCACCUCGAUCUAUGGGUUCAAGGUGUCCUUCCAGAUCACGGCUGGCGACGGGCGCGUCCUCGGCUCCCUCAAGUCGCGCUCGCUGCCGUCCAGCCCGAGGACAUUCCAGCUGGAGGGGCUGCGGCCGGACACGAGCUACCUCAUCUGCGUGCAGGGCCUCACCACCGCUCUCCGGCCGGUGUCCAGGGCGAGGCCGCACACCCAGGAGGACGCCAGCACGCCCGACCAUCCUCCGCAGGAUCUCGACACGAAGUGCACGCGCGUCCGCACCCUGGAGCAGCCCCAGGCGCAGACGGUGCUGGACAACCGACUGGCCAUCAUCAUCGGGGUGACUCUGGGCGUGAUCAUCGUGGCGCUGGUGGUGAGCAUCAUCUGCUGUUGCAAGCUGUGCAAGAAGACCCGCGAGCCGGCCAAGCCAGAGAACCCCGGCCCUCAGGACUACCUCAGUUAUCGACAUUUCUCCAUCCCCGGCAACGAAGCCAACUCCUACGAAGGAUACACUGCCUGCUAAGCCGAGCCGCCCCCGACGACGCCCUUCUGCACCUUUUUUGCACACGAGAUUGCCUACAGGAAGUGGCGCGUGGCGGGUCGUUAGCGUGCAGGAAGUGCCUCGCCCUCCUUGGUGUGGGGUGGCGAGGGGGCGUGUCCCUCCCCUCCUCCACGCCUUUCCCCUCAGAUAAAAGGGGAAAAACAACGCCCGCUGCGAGGGGAGAGGGCCCAAGAUAGCCAAAAAUGUGUAGACGGUCGCUAUGGCAAAGGCGGUCGUUAAAAACUGUUCCGAUAUAAGAAAUGGUAAAGGAUUUCCAGCGAGGAAAUGAGAAAAUAAUAACUGUGGUAUACAUAGAAAAAAAUGAAGAAGACCUUUGCCGAAAUGUGCGAGAGGCGUUUUGAGAGGACGGAAACAGAAUCAAGUGAAGGCAAGUGGGAUUUCGCAAAGAUGAAGUGAAGUUGUAGAAGCAGAAGCAAAGGAGAGGCAAUGAACGACCGACUCGUGAACACAAUUUCUGUCCAGCUGUAUCAAUGGCGGUCAAACUGCUCCCACUCUUCGAAAGACAGCGAGAGGGAGACUGCUUUCUUGUCCCUGUCGAACAGCAGGAAAUAGGGGAAGGGUGCCUGGGGCGGCUGCGAUAGGGUGAGCAGCGCCAGUGCCAGUCAUGCCCCCGUUUCAACUCACGCUUCAAAAGGCGUGUCUAACAAACUGGCUGUGGAGUCAUUCGCCACUAGAAAUUCGCAGAAAAAAAAGAAUCUGUGAAGAAAAUUGUGUUAUUUGUUUCAGACGUGAGGAAAGUAAAACAAAAAAAAGGACGGUGUGUGACUAUGAAUAUGCAUUUAUAUAGCUUAAGUGUGAGUCUAGUUCUCUCGGGCGACGACCGAAGACGCACGUGGUGUACCUUCGACAGUCGCAAGUGGUGGUGCUACAGUUUAUACUAAGUAAGGUUCAGGGCCGUCCGCGACGUUCGCUGUGGUCUUGGUGACGCGAACUUGAGGAAAAAAGUUAAAAAAAGAAAGUAAGGAAGAGGAGGAAGAAGUGUAAUCAAUCAUAGGCUCGCGUGCAGUUCGGAUAUACUUGGAAUUCCUUGACAUGCGGUGUGAAACGAGUCUUCCCGCUGUUUCUUCAUCGAGACAGGAAGAAAUGAAAUCGAGAAUGAGAGACAGUAAAAAAAAAAAAAAAAAAAAAAAAAA